CGCUUCUCCCUGGGCAGAGAAACCACAUUCACAGCUCCCGUCAGAGCAGGCCAACCUGUCGAGGGCAUGAGCGAGGCAAAGGGAUGGAUCGCGGGUCAUGCCUGUCCUGCAGCUGAGGCCCCUCCCCGCCCGGCCGCGAGCAUGUACCGGAGGAAUGGGCGGAUGGCCAGCGUCACCGUCACGUCCGCCACUCCAGAGGGCAGCAGCAGUUCUGACUCUCUGGAUGGGCGGAGUGUGGACUACGCCAAGAGCUAUGACGCUGUCGUGUUUGACGUGCUGAAAGUCACACCUGAGGAGUUUGCGAGCCAGAUUACCCUGAUGGAUGCCCCAGUCUUUAAAGCGAUACAGCCCGAGGAGCUGGCCAGCUGUGGGUGGAAUAAGAAGGAGAAGCACAUCCUCGCACCCAACGUGGUAGCUUUCACAAGAAGGUUCAAUCAGGUCAGCUUCUGGGUGGUGAGAGAGAUACUGACAGCACAGACCUUAAAAAUCCGUGCAGAAAUACUGAGUCAUUUUAUAAAAAUCGCAAAGAAGCUGCUGGAGCUGAACAACCUUCACUCGCUGGUAUCCGUGGUGUCAGCGCUGCAGAGUGCCCCCAUCUUCAGACUGAGCAAGACCUGGGCACUGAUCAGCCGCAAGGACAAGGCCACCUUUGAGAAGCUGGACUACCUGACGUCGAAGGAGGAGAACUGCACGCGGAUGAGGGAGUACAUCAGGGCUCUGAAGAUGGUGCCCUGCAUCCCGUAUCUGGGGAUCUACCUGCUGGACAUGAUUUAUAUCGACUCUGCCUACCCGGCCUCCGACAGCAUCAUGGAGACGGAGCAGAGGACCAACCAGAUGAACAACUUACUCCGGGUCAUCUCUGACCUGCAGGUGUCCUGCAGCUACGAUCACUUAGUGACGCUUCCACAUGUGCAGAAGUACUUGAUGUCGGUGAGAUACAUCGAGGAGCUUCAGAAGUUUGUGGAGGAUGAUAACUACAAGUUGUCUUUGAAGAUCGAGCCAGGGAACAGCUCCCCACGGCUGGUGUCCUCAAAGGAAGACCUGGCAGGCCCCUCGGAGGUCACGGCUUCAGUGAGGUUCAGCCGCCGGCCCACCUGCCCUGACACCUCCGUCGGUGCCCACCUGCCCACCCCCCCCGUGCCCCGGCACAGGAAGAGCCACAGCCUGGGCAACAAUGUGAUGUGCCAGUUCAGCGUGGUGGAGAGCAAGAGUGCCACUUUCCCAACGGAGAAGCCGAGGCACCUCCUGGACGACAGCUUCCUGGAAUCCCACAGCCCGGCCAGGAACCACACACACAGCUCGGUGUUCACCAACGGGCUCUCUCUCGGCAGCAGCGAGAGCUCGUUCAGCGAGGAGCUGUCAUCGGGGGUGGAAAGGGGCCGCAUGUACGCCACGCUGGGCCCCAACUGGAGGGUUCCGGCUCGAAAUUCGCCCCGGAGUCGCAGCUACGUUUACAGCCCUGCAGGUGUGAACCUGAGCUACGCAGGCAGUAUCACCAUGGAGGGCCCUUUGAGGAGGAAGACUCUGCUGAAGGAAGGCAGGAAGCCCACACUUUCUUCCUGGACCCGCUACUGGAUCACUCUCUCCGGCUCCACACUCACCUACUUCGGUGCAAAAGCCCUCAGAGCAACAGAGAGAAAGCAUGUGAGUCCUGUCUCCCUGAAGACUCUUUCCUGCGAGCUGUAG